ACACCGGAAGUGACGCGCCUCGAUGAGUUUAUCCUCCACAGAAGUUGAGGACGACAAACAACAACUAAACUACCUUUUAAAAGUCCUUAUUUAACCAUGGGCACAACGGCAAGUCAGCUCGGGAAGGAUACUUUGUCAGAAUACCAAGAGCUGACAUUUCUGACAAAGCAAGAAAUCCUCCUUGCUCACAAACGAUUCUCAGAGCUCCUUACCAAAGAUGAGAAAGACAUUCCAAAUAUCAGGAUAUCUUUGGAGCGGAUCCUGACUCUCCCAGAACUAAAGUCCAAUCCUUUCAGGAAACGAAUCUGCCAUGUCUUUUCCACCUCCGAACACAAAGAUGGAAGCCUUACAUUUGAAGAUUUUUUGGAUCUUCUGAGUGCCUUCAGUGAUUCAGCCACAAUGGAAAUCAAAUCCCACUAUGCCUUCCGUAUAUUUGACUUUGAUGACGAUGGAACCCUGGACUCAGAUGACCUACAGAAGCUGGUAAACUGCCUCACAGGAGAAACAGAUGAGACAAGACUAACACCAGAAGAAAUGAGACAGCUAAUCACCAAUAUUCUUGAAGAGUCAGACAUCGACAAAGAUGGAACAGUGAACCUCUCAGAAUUCCAACAUGUCAUUUCAAGAUCUCCAGAUUUUGUCAGUUCUUUCAAGAUUGUUCUGUGAAAACGUCUACUGAAUGGCGAGAAAAGCAAUUAUAUAUUAGUGAUUUCAUAUACCUGUCUUAAAUUAUAUACAAACCUGUGGAUCUUUUACCCUUAAUGCUGCUUUAUGCAUUUUAACUUUUGUACUGUAAAAUAUUUCUAUUGAAAAAUUAAACACACAUCUUU